AUGGAGGAGGAGAUGCAGCCGGCGGAGGAGGGGCCCAGCGUCCCCAAAAUCUACAAGCAGCGCAGCCCCUACAGCGUCCUGAAGACGUUCCCCAGCAAGCGCCCGGCGCUGGCCAAGCGCUACGACCGACCCACCCUGGUGGAGCUGCCGCCGGGGCGGCCGCCGCCCCCGCCGCCCUUCGCGCCCCACGCCGCCGUCUCCAUCAGCAGCAGCGAGCCGCCGCCGCUGCCGCCGCCGCCGCCGCUGCCGCCGCCGCCGCCGCCGCCGCCGCCGUUCCCGACGCAGACUUCCUACCCGCCCGCGGCCGGCCGGGCCGCCGCCGCCGCCGCCUCCUCGUCGUCGCCUUCCUGCGCGCCCGCCGCGUCCCAGGGCCACCUGAGGACUCCGGCGCCGCCGCCGCCGCUGCCGCCGGCCCCGGCCCCGGCCCCCGCCGCCUCCUCGUCGUCCUCCUUCGCCGCCGUCGUCAGGUACGGCCCCGGCCCACCGGGGGCCGCGGGCGGCAGCCUCGCGGCUAGCGACAGCGUCAGUCUGGAACUCAGCGCAGAGAGUCGUAUGAUCUUGGAUGCUUUUGCCCAGCAAUGCAGUCGUGUUCUUAGUCUCUUAAAUUGUGGAGGAAAACUUCUGGACUCCAACCAUUCUCAAUCUAUGAUUUCUUGCAUAAAGCAAGAAGGCUCUAGUUACAAUGACAGACAAGAACCAUGUCACAUUGGGAAAGGGGUCCACAGCCAGACCUCAGACAAUGUCGACAUAGAGAUGCAAUAUAUGCAAAGGAAACAACAAACUUCUGCCUUUUUGAGAGUUUUUACCGACUCCCUCCAAAAUUACCUACUCUCGGGGAGCUUCCCGACUCCAAACACAUCAUCGGUGAGUGAGUAUAGCCACCUGGCCGAUGUGGAUCCUCUUUCAACCUCCCCUGUGCAUACACUAGGUGGUUGGACUUCUCCAGCAACAUCUGAAUCUCAUGGUCACCCAUCCUCUUCUACCCUGCCCGAGGAGGAAGAAGAGGAGGAAGAGGAAGGCUACUGUCCUCGAUGCCAAGAGCUGGAGCAGGAGGUUAUUUCACUGCAGCAGGAAAAUGAAGAGCUCAGAAGGAAACUAGAGAGCAUCCCAGUGCCCUGUCAGACUGUUCUAGAUUAUCUGAAGACAGUACUACAGCACCACAACCAGCUCUUGAUGCCACAACCUGCAGACCAGCCAACCGAGGGAAGCAAGCAGCUGUUGAACAACUAUCCUGUCUACAUAACGAGCAAACAGUGGGAUGAGGCUGUAAAUUCUUCAAAGAAAGAUGGGAGACGGCUCCUGCGAUACCUCAUCAGAUUUGUUUUCACAACCGAUGAGCUUAAGUACUCAUGCGGCCUUGGGAAAAGGAAAAGGUCAGUGCAGUCAGGAGAGACAGGUCCUGAAAGACGCCCUCUGGAUCCAGUUAAAGUCACAUGCCUCCGAGAAUUCAUUAGGAUGCACUGUACCUCCAACCCUGAUUGGUGGAUGCCUUCAGAGGAGCAGAUAAACAAAGUGUUCAGCGAUGCCGUGGGUCAUGCCCGACAGGGACGGGCAGUGGGGACUUUCCUGCACAACGGUGGCUCAUUUUAUGAAGGGAUCGAUCAUCAGGCUUCACAGGAUGAAGUCUUCAAUAAAAGUUCGCAGGAUGGAUCUGGGGAUUAGUGGACAGAAUCUCCCACUGCAGCAGCUGGUCUUUUGAGAGCUCCAAUUGUGAAUUUCUACUUACUGUGACCUGAGAAUCCAAAGCAUGUUUUCCUAUAAUACUUUACAUGUUCUCAACCUUAAAACUUGACUUGUUGCCAUCAUUCCCAAAUAGAAAUCCAUUUUGGGUUAUUUGGGAAGUCUCCAGCACCCAUUACAGACUUUAGGACAAUUAGAAAAAGAAAAACCACAGUUGAUGUAAAGUUGAUUACUGGCUAGACAGUCAGCGUGGG